CUGCAAUUGAUAGUCGUCGACUGGCGAUCUAACUACUUCGGUGCGCUAGGUCUUCAGUCCUGUCCCCAUUCACUUAGAAUCUCCUCAGCUUCCGCCCUUCCGCCCUCCGUCUCGUUUCUAGCCCUUCAGAGCAUUUCGGUGCGAACCACUGGCUUCCGCGUUCACCUCAAAAUUGUUUCUCACUUCCUCGCUGCAACACCAUCACUCGCAACGCUGUCACUGUUCACAUCGUCACUUGCAACCUCCCGCGCGUCCACCGGCCUACAUAUUUCCUGCUUCCCCAGUCCACCUCCUUUCCUUUUACAUCCACCUAGCAACAAAAAACAGCAAGAUCUUUGCGCAUCAUCAACACUUGAGACCCUUGACUGACUUUAAGAUCUCAAGUCUAACACAACUCCAACCAUGUCCGACCGCCCUAUCUCGAACACCGGCGACAACUCCAAUGCCCCCAACAACUCGAACAAUGGCGGCUCCAGAGGUCCUACCGGCGACAACUUCAAUAUCGGUGCUAAUACCAACAACACUUCCAGAGCUGGUGUCAACAACUUGAACACCGGCGGCACCAGACCUCCUGGCGUCAACAACUUGAACACCGGCGGCACCAGACCUCUUCCCAACUCCAGCACCCAACAGAACCUCAACGGCUCGGUCCAAAGUCCCCAAGCCAACCCUCUCACCAAUGGUGGUCAGACUUCCGGUGUCCCCUCAUCGACCAUGUUCAACUUCAAUUCGGCCACACCUCAGUUCCCCGGAGCUUCGCCCAAUCUCAACGGCCUUCAGGUAUUCGGCACUUCCCAGGGCAGCACCAAGCCCACCCAGGUCGGUGGUUCCCAGGCUUGAGUUCCUUCUGACGCCGAUAUUCAGGUCCUGAAGGCUAAGGUGGCAGAGAAGAGACAGAUCAACUCUAAGCUUGAAAGCGA